AUGUACUCAGCAAAUCUGAAAAGAGAGAAGUUCGUCCUGAUCUCUCUGAUGUCCAAAGAGCUUCAUGGUGAGCUGCUCAGUUGGAGUUUUCAGGCGGACCACCGGCGAAUACCGACUAACACCCUGGAGGGCGUUCCCUCGCGGCUCGAGGUGCAAGUUGAAGCCGUUGAACCAGUUGAAGGAAAACCGGAGCUGCAUGAGGAAAACCUGGUUGCAGUGGCAGAAAAGGAAGCUGGAGAGUUUGUUCCUGAAGCACAAGAGCCUGAGAUGUUGUCUGCUGGAGAGAUGGGUCCUUCAGUCGAAGGUCGUUUCUUGUGUCCUGCUGGUUGGGACAGACACAAGAGUAGCUGCUAUCUGUAUGUGAGCGCUGGCAAAUCCUGGAGCGCUGCUGCGGCCCAUUGCAAUAGUCUUGGAGCCACCAUGGCUUCUGCCCAUGAUUUGUUUGAGUACAACUUCCUGCAGCAGCUGGCCCUUAGGGCAGGACAGGACUAUGCCUGGAUGGGGGGACUUUACUUCCAGGGCUGGAGGUGGGUGGACCAGAGCCCCUUCGACUACAACUUCUGGAGCGCUGUGCACAGCACCAGCGCAUACCAGUGCAUCGUCUUGUACAGCAGAGGUGGUUGGCACAAUAAUGUCUGUACUACUUCACGGCCGUCCAUCUGCAGGGUCGGCACUGAUGGCUGCUAA